CUGAAGCAGUGUUAAAGGGUGAAUCCUGGCGUCAUUAUCAUGAAAAUAAAAAGUGCUCCUCUGGACCAGCAUGGCCUCUACAAGCGCCACCAGGGUUCCCCCCCUCUACCGGCUGUGAUGUCACAGAUCCAGCUGCAAGAGAUGCCAGUGUUUGCCCACUGGCAGGGUCGAGCAUGUAGGGAAGACGGCAAGAAGAAAACCAGUGACCCUCUGCACCACAGCACCCAACACAGUGCUGUCCACCACCUGACGCCUCCACCUGGCCAGGCUGCCGUGAGCCAGCCGUCCAUAAAAGUCCAGAAGGUGCAGUCCCACCUGGAAAGUCCCACCAAAUACCACAUCCAGCAGGCUCAGCGGCAGCAGGUGAGGCAGUAUCUGUCCACCACACUGGGUGGUAAAGCUGGCAGCCAGUGCUCGAGCCAGCCCCCCGAGCACAGCAUGCCACCUGGACCUGGCAGCAGUGCACCCAACAGUCCCAUGGCUUUGCUUACCCUUAGCUCCAACUGUGAGAAAGAGCUUUGUGUUAUACAGAUGGAUGAUGUCAUUGAUGAUAUUAUUAGCUUGGAGUCAAGCUACAAUGAAGAUGUUCUUGGACUGAUGGACCCGGGACUUCAAAUGAACAACCAGCUUCCUGUGUCUGGAAAUUUACUGGAUGUGUACUCCAACCAAGGACUUCCGCUACCAGGCCUCGCCAUCAACAAUUGCCCACCCAACAUUAAAAGGGAAUUUACAGCUCCUGGCAUGAAGCAAGUACUGGACAAGCCUGGAUCCUGUGGCCAGUAUGAAAACUAUCAAAGGCCAGAAAGCUUUCCAGUAGAGGCCGAAGUUCGUGCUCUGGCCAAAGAGAGACAGAAGAAGGAUAACCACAACUUAAUUGAACGAAGACGGAGAUUCAACAUCAACGAUCGCAUUAAAGAGCUGGGAACCUUAAUACCCAAGUCAAAUGAUCCAGACAUGCGCUGGAAUAAGGGCACUAUUCUGAAAGCCUCAGUGGACUAUAUCAGGAAAUUACAGCGGGAGCAGCAGAGAGCCAAGGAGCUUGAGUGCAGACAAAGGAAGCUGGAACAUGCAAAUCGCCACCUGAUGCUGCGUAUACAGGAGCUGGAGAUCCAAGCCCGUGCUCAUGGUCUUACAGUCGUGUCAUCCACAUCUGUCUGCGCAUCAGAGCUGAUGGCGCGAGCCAUCAAACAGGAGCCCGUUCUUGGUGACUGCCCAUCAGAGCUCUACCAGCAUAGCUCCGCCCCUGACAUGUCCCCUCCAACCACACUGGACCUCAACAACGGCACCAUCACCUUUGACCAGAUACCUACAGAUGCAGGGGAACCUGGACCCUAUGGCAGCUCCAGUGCCUGUAAAAUGAAGGAGCUGGUAAGAGACAACACCCUAGGGCCAAUUUCCCCCAGUGAUCCCCUGCUGUCCUCAAUGUCUCCAGAUGUUUCCAGCAGCAUCGACAGCCACCAUACCUCCAGCUCAAGUCUGGAUGACAAAGAGCAUGGCUGUUAGCCCAACAGCAUGAUCUACGUUGACACUUAGAUUUAUAGCAACCCACCAGUGAGACACCAACAUUACAGAUAUCAUGUGAGUCAAUAAAAUAACUCAUGAAUGCAUAUUUUUCUUAUUUUUGUCCAUACUGCUGUAGAAACUUUGAGUGUUACAUAGCCGGACAGCUCAGAAUUGCAUAUAAUAUCCACAGUGUCUGGGAAACAUAAUUACUCCUCAUUUUGGGGCUUUAAAAUCUGUUUAUUUUUUAAUCAUAUUUUAAACAUUUCAUAUUUUUUCUAAAUACACAGUGGAUUGGGGAAGUAAUGUCAAAAGAUAUAUGGUGCAUGUGUGAAAAUGCAUUGUUGAUAAUAGCACAUGUUGUAAAUUUAGAA